AUGUCGGAAAAGCACUAUGGGAAUGUUAUUGUCAACGAAAUCAAAGACUUCCAGAGGCUCCGCCAUAUCCACUGGCGAGCACCAACUGUGAUGGGUGCCGGUUUUCUAGGCGGCGUCGUUCUCAUGACAUCCCACCACGCAAUCUACCAGAGCCUUAGCGGAGAGCCUGCAGACAACGCUCUGCUGCAGCUGUGGGCUAUUCGUGCAGGCACAGCGCUCGCAUUCCUGUCGAAGCUCUGUCUGGCUAUUGGGACGGGAGUCGCAUAUGAUCAAUGGAUGUGGGUCAACUUGCAUUCGAAACCGCACGAAAUUGGCUCACUGGACUCCAUGUUUGCGAUAUUGGGCAAUGCUUUCGAGUUUUUGGCUGUUCGUAUAUGGUGGCGGCGUCCUGUUCUUACCUUUUUGGCGGCUAUGACCUGGCUUCUCCCCAUCUCUGCCAUCAUCACUCCGGGAACCCUCUCUGUGCAGCCCGUAUUAGUCUCCCAAAACGGCACUUUAAUUGUUCCUCAACGGCCUUUCACAACUGACAGCAAUGCCUUCUGUGGCGUGAUAAGUGACGGCAACACGACAACCUACGCCUCCAUGGCAACCGGCCUAUCAAAUCCGACAUUCGCCACGGUUCUCUCCAACAGUGUUCUCCCCCUGGAGUCAUCCAGCACGAAUUUGACCUUCAAGUUGCAAUUCUUUGGCCCCGCUGUCACUUGCAACAUGUCGAGCAGCGAAGAAUUUUCCUGGGCGAAAAGGGCCAUACUUGAGUACGAGACCAUGACGGACACCAGGGUAUUUUACUAUGGCUGGGCGCCUCAGCCCGGGUGGGGUCCUGAUGUGAAUGGCUCUUUCUUCGCGUCCACAGAUUUGCAGAUCGGGAACAAUCGACUAGAUUUUGUCUCGAAGGACGCGGCCCGAGUGUUUAUCUAUCUCAACACCACAGGUGUCGAUGAGACGGGCAACCGUAUUCCUGGAUUCGACGGCAAGGCGGAGGCGCAAAUGAUAACUUGUGCAUUGUACAAUGCGUCGUACGAUGCGCACUUCGCGGUGAAAAGUACUGGCGCACAAUUCAUCACUGCCUUCCCGCGGUUUGAGAAUUGGAUGCCAGCGCUCAGCACGAUGGAGGGCACGCUAGAGGAUCCACGUGUCCGUCAACAGAUGAACAUGCAAGCCGUCAUGGAGUCCUUUGUCAUGAUGGUCAAUGGCCCCAUCACCUACUCCAAUGAUAUCUCCUUUCCGACGAUCAACUCGGUCUAUGGCCUGGCAAUGAACAAAGCCUUGUUCCCCGCUCAGCCCGGGCUGAAUCAGACGGCACUGACGCUCCGUCAAGCGAAGCAGAACGAGAUGCUCUUUCAGAACAUUACGCUGAGUAUGCGUUAUAGCGUCGUUUCCGGGUCCGUCGGUGACGACCAAACAGUCGCUGCAGCGGUGCGACAAAGAUUCGAAUCGCAAUUCGUCUAUGAGCCGCGCACACUACUCAUAGCAUAUGGACUCGGCGCUUUCUUCGCGCUGAUCUGUGUCCUGUUGGGCGUGCACGCUCUACUUCACAACGGCGCUUCGUACACAAAUUCGUUUUCGACAAUCGUGAGAGUCACGAGGGAUCCGGCUCUGUCGAGGUUGAUCGCAGAAGAAGGCGAUCUUCAGGGCGCCGAGCCCGUGCCGAAACAUAUUCGCAGGGCAGAACUGCGAUUGGGGAGGAGUGCGAAAUCGCUUUCGCCAAGCUACGCUUCGAGCUGGAUUUGA